AUGCUAACGUAUGCGGAUUCAAACAUACAGAUCAACAAGCCACAUCUGGCGUACACGAUCUUGGGGGGUUUUACGUCUAUUUUCAUGCUAGUUUCCUUGUUCAUUAAGGAAAAAUUGUAUAUCGGCGAAGCUACCGUUGCGACAAUAUGUGGUAUCAUCUUUGGCCCCUCUGCUGCUGGGUUGUUCGAUCCUCAGACAUGGGGAAAUGUUGACCAGAUUACCCUGGAAGCGUCCCGGAUAGUCCUGGUCGUUCAGUGUUUUGCCGUCGGUGUCGAAUUACCAAAGAAAUAUAUGGAGCGUCAUUGGAAAUCUGUGGUCUUUUUACUAAUUCCUGUCAUGACUUGGGGAUGGUUGAUCACCUCUCUCAUCAUUUGGUGGAUGAUACCAUCCCUAAACUGGCUAGAUUCGCUCACGGUAGCCGCCUGUGUCACAGCAACGGAUCCCGUUCUUGCAUCUUCAGUUGUCGGAAAGGGUAAAUUCGCCCGUCGGAUUCCUAAGCACCUUCGUGAUAUCCUUUCCGCUGAGUCCGGGUGUAAUGAUGGAAUGGCUUUUCCGUUUAUUUAUC